AUGUCCUUAAUAGCCAUCUUUGUCAUCAUCUGCCUGAUCAGUCUGGCACAAGGAAUAUGGAUCACGUUCCCUAACGCCGGCUCCAUCAUCGAUGCCCAGCAACCCUUGGCGCUCACUUGGACCUAUGACACCGAAAUCGACACCAACAGAGUGUACAUCUACAUUGUGCAGAACUCCACCCAGUUCGCGCGCGAGAUGGCCAUCAACGUCGACGUCCCUGCACAAACAUACACUCUCACUUCGUGGCAAGACAUCAUUCCCAACGGAGACGGCUAUCAAAUCAGUUUCGUUCCGAUGCAGAGUGGUACCGGGAACGGCGCUCUCUCGGAGAAGUUUUCUGUCGUCCACUCGAUUUUCAGCGUAACUUCUUUCUUGCCAGGCAGUACAUCUUCUACCUCUGCAGCAACAAGCGCUGCUGCGUCAACGGCAUUCCCUUCCCAUGUAAGCCGCUCAAGCGACACAAAUGGACUAACACCUGGAAGCAAAGCUGGCAUCAGUCUUGGAACCAUUGGCAGUGUUGCUCUGGUUGGAACUCUUUCUGGUCUGGUGUUUCUCUACUACCGCAAGUACAAGCGGAAACGCAGCCGGGCCGACAGGUGGUUACCAGAACCUCCACAGCAGAAGCAAGCUGCCGAAGUGCAUCCCGUCGUGGAAAUGGACGAGGGCACACGGAAGCAUGAGCUGGAUGGAAACACGGCGUGUCUUCGACCGGAAUUGUCGGCUUCGGGUUCGGUGGAAAAACGGAGAAUCCACGAAUUGCCUGGUUAG